AUGAAGCCACACGUCCCAGGCAUCCUCAUCGCGGCGCUUGUCGUGGUAAACGCUUACUACACCAUGUCAGUCUUUGCUCCGUCAAUCGAAGAGAUCCACGCUCGAGUCAUCAACGCCCGCGACAAAGCUUUUGUAAUCGGCGCCUCCGCGCCAGGAACCUUUUGCGGCCUCGACAACACCACCGAAUGUCCUGCCGGUACUUCGACACAGGUUGACGAGAGGAUGACUGCCCUCGCUGCUGCAGUCCCAGGCGGCCAGUUCAUCUUUGUCGCCCCCGACGGCACCAUCUCGUACCCAUCCGCCCACUCAGUCCUCCGACCCCCAGGCUCCAAAGUUGGCGGUUUCCAAGCGUCGCAGAUCAUUUCGGAUUGCAAGAUGCCCAUCACGGUCCUGGUUUGGCUACCUGAGGAUGGCAACCGGGGCAUGUGGGCGUGUCCGACUUCUCUCAACAUGCCGAUGGCAGACGAGGCGGUGCUCAAAGCGACGACAGGGGAAUUCAAGGGGAAGGGCUGUUUGAAGGUUGAUGGGGUGCAGAUUCAGAUGGCGGGGGAUAAUUAUGCGGCCUGGGCGUAUACGUGA